AUGUGUGGAUUAGUUCGUUAUGGAUUUUAUCGAGCAGGAAAGGUGAAAUUCACCAAUGAUCCGAAAUUAGCUGCUAAACAUCGAAGUAUUUGGUUGCGAGAGGAUGACAAUUCGACGAUUGUUUCACAAGCAAAUGAUGAGAAGCAAAGAAGAUCAUAUUCGAAAAAGAAUAUUCGAAAGCAGUAUGAAAGAGCUUCCAGUAGAGGAGAAACUGAACAGGUAGGAUUGACCAUUGAUAAAAUGGAAUUUGGAUUGGAAAAACAAGUUUAUAAUGAAUUGAAGGACAAGUUUUACAAUACUAAAACUGUAAGAAAUGGAAAGAAUCAUAAAAAAUGGCAUAGAAAUCAUAGAGAUUGUUAUUCGAAUAGAGAAGUAGUUUAUGAGUAA